AUGAAAGAAUGUGGGAGCGUUUGGAAUGAAACUGGUUUAAUUUUUUCUGAAAAAGAAGGAAGAGCCUGGUUUGCAGCUUUUGUCAUCGCGUUUAUUGUCGUCCUUUUAUUGAAUGCUUUCACUCUCGACAUCUACACAAGAAACCGCCACUUACGCAAGACCAGUACGUAUCUGAUUAUAAACCUGACUGUGGCCGAUUUACUGAUAGGAACCGUGACCGGAGCUUCACUGCCAGUAUUCAAAGCAGACUUGGAGAGCGGGAACUUGACAAUUGAAUCCGUACAGGAUUUUAAUUGGCAAUCAUUCGUGCAUCUCACAUUACAAGGGAGUUUCGUAGUUGCUUCAUUAGCAAAUAUUUCAUUGAUUUCUUUAGAGAGGUUACACGCAACAGUUUUCCCCUUUAGGCAUUGUCUUGUUGGCACACGGGUUUACCUCGCCAUUAUUUUGUGUAGUUGGUUGUUCUCCUUGAUUUUGUCAUCUGUCCUUGCCCUUCUUUAUUUGCACGAAUCGCCGGCUCUUCUGUAUGUCUAUACAUCUUACUGUUUUCUCAUCAUUUUCAUUCUCACAGUUUCAUAUGCUAUAAUCAUCUCAACUGUAAAAAACAAUCCUCCGUCCCCUAAUGCUCAACCAGUUCUUUCAACAGAGAGGAAACUAACGGUGACUUUAUUUAUAGUUAAUGUGGCUUCUAUUCUGACCAUUCUUCCUUGGGUUAUUUGGAAUGUUAUCGGCCAUCACAUAGCGGGAAAUAAAUUAUGCCCUGCAGUACUUUCCCACAUCCAUUACUCGUUUAAUUUACUCUAUCUUUUCAAUUCUAUAGUCAAUCCGCUUAUAUAUGCCGUAAGAAUGCAAGAGUUUAGGAAGGCAGCAAGGAAACAUUUUUUACUAAGACACUAGGAUUGACGCGUGCCAAACCCAUUGAAGUUCUUACAUUAGGUUUACCACGCUAUACCUGUAAGGAAAGAAUGUAAGAAAUGGGAGAUCUCCUUAGAAAAGCUCUAACGAGCUUGCUGAGGCCUUCUUGCCACUACAUAUCAUUUGUAAUCUUAAAUGUUAGACAGACAUGAGUGGCCAAAAAAAAAAGAAGUCAAAAGAAAAGAAAAGAAAACAAUUAUGAUUAAGAAAAUAAUAAGCAUACUGCCGUGAUCGACAUUGUUGGAAAACAAAAUAUGACGCUUAACUUGACCUUUCGUUCAACAUUUAACUUCAGGAGGAAAUAUUUUGGCUGCAACUUUUGCAUUUCCUUACGCAUGUGUGCCUCAAUACUCACUGUCUCUUUGAUGUUAGUAAUAAUUUCAAAUGUCGAGGAAUAUAAUUCUGAUUUCAGUGUGAUGGUUUACCCUAGCUUUUUCAGCCGAUGAUCACAAUCAGCAUUUAAGAGGGAAUGUGAAGAAAACCACGGCGAAUGACAAAUUAUCUUAAAGACGCAAAAUUGUGUCUAAAUUAAAAAGUUAAAAUUUCGCAUGCCUUAAGUCUCACCCUGUUUUAUUUUUAUAAGAAUCAUGUACCAUGCUCCGAGGUAACUCGUUUCCACAUUCUUAAUUUGCGCCUGAUUGGUAUGUAGCGCCAACAUGGCCAAUACUUGGGGAGACCACAAUGUAUACUCAAUUUAGAAGACCAUCUUAGUACAUUAAGAUAAAAUAAAACUGAAUGAAAAAGAAAAAAUCGUAUAACGAAAUAAGAACCUAUGCAACCUAUGUUGAUAUUCUUAAAAUUUCCUCUCAUUAUUCAAAACGGCUUACGCGUUUUGGGUCCUGUGGUCCGAAACGUCACAGAAAAGCAUUGAGACCGAGAAGGCCAAGGCAGACGGUACUACAAGGACAGCACUACAAUAGGCCACUUUCAAUAGAUCAGAAUUAAUCAUAAAAAUAAGUUCUAGAGGACACAAACAAAAAUAAGAUAAUUAACAGUUAAUGAAUGAGGCGGAGUAUCUUAUGAAGAAUUAUGGAGAUUGAGGUGGGUGUUAUCCGUCGAGGCCGUACGCCGAAGCGGAUAACACCCUCCGAGAUCUGCAUAAUUCUUCAUAUGAUACGAAAGCCGAAUUCAAUAACUGUUUUAUUAUUCAUUCAAAAUAAUUCCUAGUUUAAAAACAUAGCUAAAACAUGCUUACCUCUAUCGAUCCAUCGAUGUUUAGUUCAUCUUCGAUAGUGUACGUUAGGUUUGUCCAGCUCCGCAAAUAUUCUCCAAAUAGCAGAUGUCGCUCUCCGAGUUGUCUUCUUGCUGUUCUUGACAUGUUUUUAGCUAUUUUUUCGCCUAGUUCUUACUCUUGAAACGAGUGAAAUGUCCGCCAUUUUUUCAAGUUCACAACUCAACCUCGUCCCCAGGUCUUCUCGGUUAACGGUGCCUUAAACUGCGAAAACGCUGCAUUUUUGACGUCAUUUCCUCGUUAAAGUAAAAUUUCUUCCAAAUUUGGUCAUCAGUAACUGGUUAUGGGGAAUUAAACGUGUGCUUUUAGCCAAUAAGAAUCGGGGAAAUAUUUUGAAUGAAUAGUAAGAUGAGAUAAGCCACUAUAUUUAACGAGGGUUACACGUGACACUAAUUAAAAUUACUGAUAAACUUGUGGCCCUCUAAAGAUAAAUAUGCCAAUAAAUAAAUAAAUAAAGGAAUAAAGGAAUAAACAUAUAUAUUAUUCAAUUUUUUGUUUCAAGCGUCCAUAGACUCCCCAUCAUGUUGAAUGUUAUAAUACUGGAAAUAGGUUUAUUUUGGUAAAGAAAAGUCGAAAUAUUUAUUUUGUUAAACUCGCAUGUUGACAUUUUCAGAAGCGCAGGGCGUGGCAUAAAGUUAGUUAUAAUAAUAAACAGCAAUAAGAUAAAAGCAAGCAUGAAAUAGUUCUAAGAAAGAAACGAAUAGCAACUCAACUCUGGGCAAAGUUGGUUUCUAAUUAAGAAAUCUGAAGGUUUUGCGUCUUAGUCAACUUGCCAUUGCUUACUUAUUAUGGUUAAACCGCCGCUUUGAAAGCUUUUUUAAAAUUGACUUCAUCUGUUGUUUGGCUCCCAAAGGGAUAUUACUGCAUGUGUAAUAACCUCUCUCAAAUAAGCAGGUGUUGCAUUUAUUAGGCUGUGAUGGACAUUGGUGUUGUAAGACAGAAAAUUUCGCCUGUUUAUCUUGUACUAAGUUCCUUUAAGAAGUUACGCACAAUUCUAAAUUCUGGCGAUAAUCAGUCAAAAACAGAGAAAAGGAGACAAGGAAAUUAAACAUUUUUACCACAGCAGACUGUAAACGAGUUCACUUUUCGACCGUAAGUGUUGAUACGUCGUUUUUCUACUGAUUCUAUUGUUACUUGUAUAAUCACUCGCCAUACAUUGUCGAUUGAUCCUGUUGAAAGGUUUCCUAGAAAUAGAACAAUACUCAUUUUAUGAGAUCGGAAAACGAAACGUAUUUUACUUGAAACUUUGUCUUUUUAUCAUUAACAGUAAGAAAUCAUUUGCCCAAGUUACUGAUGCUAGUUAUUCUUGGAAUUCUAUCAACGUGGUUUUCCAGUCCCUUCCUAUUUAGCCUGCGAGAAGGAAAGGAGGAAGAGCUUGCAACUACGUCUCUGGAAGUAAUUUUGAAUUUUACGUCCAAUUCCCCUGUGGUUCCCCAUCAACUGAACUGUCAAAUUUCCGUCAAUUACCACGAAACUGAAACAAGCGCGAAUGUAAACAAACAUUGAAAAACAGGUGCCAAGGGUAAUGACGUCAUUACUGAUUUCAUCUCUGCCAAUCUGCAUUUCGCAUCGACGUUUAAUUUUCGAUGCAGAUAUUCAAAUUCCAGAGACUUAAUUUCAAGCUCUCCUUCCUUUUGCCACCCCUUCGCCAGAGCGCCCCGGAGAGCUUGCUCGGAGGCUACUUCUCAGUAUACCCAAGCGCGCCCCAAUAACAAAUGGUAUCGUCUGUUUCUAUUUUCCACAUUCUAGCUCUAACUGCUCAAAUAAUUCGACCUCCAAGCUCGGUAAGCCUUCUCAAAGGUAGCUUAUAUCCGUGGCACCGGUCAAACAGGAAAGCCGGAAGUCAAAAUCAGUAAUCGAAAGUAGUGAUCAAUAGACAAAUUUUAGCUUUCUAUCGUCUAUUACGAAGAAAAGCGAAACCGAAACGCUUAAUUUAUUGUUUGCCAUAAUAUUUACAAACUGAAAGCAAGAAAUAAGUUGUUACAUAUUGAAAAAGCUAAUGUCGAGUUAACCCAAGGUAGGCCACGUGAGCUUAUAAAGAGUAGGCUCCCUCAAUUUAUUAUUCUAACGAAGUAAAGGGAACAUUAUUUUUUGGCUCAGGUUACAGGUGACGUUUGUUUUAAUACCUAAUUCCCAUUUUGCGAUACAUCAAUGUAAGAUUAACCUCUUUAUUCGUGUGGACAGUAUUUGGCGUGCUCGGUAGAACACUCGUCAAGGCCGUUUAUUGGAAAACUGAGACAGAAUCCUUUCAUUGGUUCCAAAUAAUUUUAUUGUUCUCUCUUUCUCAUAUGUUUAUUCAGAAAGACUGCGCCUCACAUUAACAUGCUGUUUGUUUGUAUUCUAUCAAGGAAAACUUCCUAUAAAAAGAAGGAUAACAACCGUCACUGUAACACUGAGUGAAAAUGAAAGAAUGCUUGAUCGUUUGGAAAGAAACUGGAGUAAUUUUUUCUGAAAAAGAAGAAAGAGCCUGGUUUGCAGCUUUUGUCAUCGAGUUUAUUGUCAUCUUUUUACUAAAUGCUUUCACUCUCGCCAUCUACAUAGGAAACCGUCACUUACGCAAGCGCAGUACGUACCUGAUAAUAAAUCUGACUGUGGUUGAUUUACUGGUGGGAAUAGUGACCGGAUCUUCGAUAAUAUUCGAACCAGACAACCUGGCGAGGGAUCUGGGUCUUGAACAAGAUUUUAGUUGGCAAUCAUUCGUUUAUCUCACAUUACAGGGGCUUUUUUUAGUCGCUUCAUUAGUUAAUAUUUCAUUGAUUUCUCUAGAGAGGUUAAACGCAACCGGCUUUUCCCCUUUAGGCAUUUUCUUGUUGGAAAAAGGGUUUACCUAAUCAUUAUUUUGUGUAGUUGGUCGUUUUCCUUGGUUUUGUUAUCUGUUAUUGUCCUUCUUGAUUUGCGCCUAUCGCCUGCACAUCUGUAUGCCAUUUUGUCGUACUCUUUUUUCUCCCUUCUCAUUCUCACAGUUUCAUAUGCUAUAAUCAUCUCAACUGUCAAAAAAAAAAAUUCUCUUCCGCCUAAUGCUGGACAAGUUCUUUCAACAGAAAGGAAACUAACGGUGACUUUAUUUAUAGUUACUGUGGCUUUUUUUCUGACCAUUCUUCCUUGGAUUAUUUGGACUGUUAUCCACUACCACAUAUGGAGUAAAGUACACGUAGGCCCUGCAGUACUUUACCGCAUCACAAACUCGUUUUUCGUACUACACUUUUUCAGUUAUAUGGUCAAUCCCCUAAUAUAUGCAGUAAGAAUGCAAGAGUUUAGGAAAGCAACCAGAAAAUGGUUUUGUUUUAAAACACUAGAACUAGCGCGAGUCCAACCCAUGGAACCUCUUACAUUGUAUGUACGUACUCAAGCAAUACCUGUUGAAGAAAGAACAUAAGAAAUGUAGAGUUUCUUAGAAAAGCUCUAACAAGAUUGCAGAGGUCUUCUUGCCUAGAUGUCUUUUGUUAUCUUCAAUCAAUGUAAGAAAGAUAUGAGUGGCGAAAUAAUAAACAAUGAAAUGAAAUUUAAGGUAGUCAUUAAAAAAUAGCACGCAAACUGAGUUGAUAAACAUUGUUGGACAACAAAAUAUAACAUUAAACUUUAUUGCCUCCGCAGGGAUUUCGCCCAGAAGGAAAUCCCGAGGAGGCACUCUAGUAACUCGCACGUAUAUUAAGGAAAGUACUUACAGUUGAAAUAUAAAGUCAUACAGUCAAUAUAGAAAAAAUCUCGAGUUGCUUGAACACGGGCCGCUAGGAAUUGGUAGGUAAUUUUGACCAAGUUUAAUCGCUGGUUGUUGACUGAACAUGAUAUAUAGUGAAUAACUAACUUAAGUUUUCAUAAAGACGUAAAUUGUGUGUGUUUAUCAUGUAUAUAGCCUGAUGGUUUUUCGCUUCCACAUAUAUCGACACAUAGUUAUUAAAUUCCGCUUAUAGCUUGGGCUGUAGCGUCAAAUUUACCUGGAGAUAAUUAUACAAAAAAUAACAAAAUAGCAAACUAUGCGCCUUUCUUGAUGUUCUUAAAAGAGACUUCCUAAGUACCGAAGCAUCAUUGUCAUUCGAUUCCUUCAAAAUAUAUCUCCGUUUUUGAUUGGCUCAGAUCCCACGGUUUAUUCUAAAUAACCAGCUAGUGUUGAACAAAUUUGGAAGAUGUUUUAGAUAUCCGGAAUAAAAUGUUAAUAAAACAGGGUAAUCACCAGAAAAAGUGUAGGAACCGAGAAGUCCUGGGGACGAGGUUUCGUUGUUUUGGUGAAGCAGUAAAACCGUGUAGAAAGUAGUGGAACAGCUUUGGGAAGAAGAAGUAGCCGAACUACUUCCUGAAAGCAUAGCAAGAACAGCACGCAUACAACUCGAAGGACAACUGCUACUUGAAGGAUAUCUGCAGAACUAGACAUCCCUUUUUAUUAAAAACUGAAUCAUUGGAUAAUGCAAUUCUAGAGCUCUGAUUGGCUCAGCCAUCAUGGUAAUUUUGCCAUUUUAAUAUGCUCUCCAAGUUUUGUAACUGUACGCGUCUGCUCAAAAUUAAAAACAAUAUUUAUAUUCUGUGGGCGUUUUUAAUGAAACAAUUAUUCCACUCGCACUAGUUGGAUAUGAGAUGAUUAUAGCCAACUCGGCGCUACUCGCCUCGUUGACUUACUACCUUGAGUAAUUGUUAAAUAUCCUAAACUUGCUCUGAAACAGGCAAAUGAGGAAUGGAACUUAACUUCGAGGUAAGAAUGUUUAGGUUGUUUUUAAACUAGGAAUUAUUUUAAAUCAAUAUUAAAACAAUUCUGAAUUAUAAUCUGAAGAAUUAUGCAGAUCUAGGAAGGUGUUAUCCGCCUCUUCGGAAAAUACCUUUUAAGUUAGCUUCUCGAUCUCCAAAACUCUUCACAUCAUACUCAGCCUUAUCCAAUAAUUGCUAAAUUAAUGGUUCCGAGAGUCCUCUUUUACAUUUUCGUCUUCACUUCUUUAUUAUUAUCAUUUUACCAGCCUAAAAAGGAAGAGUAAUUAUUAAGUUCAUGUUUACUAAAAGUUGCAUAAAUUUCACCUGCUCAUCUAACCUGUUUUCCAAGCAGGGAUCAAAUUUAUGACGAAGAUGACUGCCUACACGUGAGUUUCCUCGAAGAAUUACUCAUAUAAGAAAAGAAGAAGGCUAAAGUGAGUAACUAUCUCUAGAGGAAACAACUAGUUUAAUCAAAAGAUGAGUGUCUACAGUGACUUCUGUGCUAGCCUGGAAGUAAUAGGGCGCAAGAAAGAACGGGGCGCGGGCCUUUUAUUUCUAAGCAACUGUUACGCAGGCUACUUCUGUGCAAUUCUGGGAUGAUCAUUCGUGUUCUUCUAUAACUAAGGGAUAUUCCGAAGAAGGACCGGCGCCUGCCCCUAAUUCACAACUGCGAUGCGGUCAUGUUAACUCAUUUAUCCUUCCCUAAAAGAGACAUUAAAUACAUGGUCGAUUAUAUUGCGUGUUAUUCUUUCAAGAUAACAAGUUACAAGAAUAUUUCCGUUCGAGCCCAGCUACUAUAACUGAUUAACGCAGAAUUUUUUCUCCAUAUGUCGACGCUAUUUGAUAAUAAUAAUUAGUUAGGGUUAGAGAUGAAUAUUUCUAAGCUGAAUUAAACGGUUUAAAGACGUUUUAUCAGUUUUUUAGCAAGCGGAAUCAAGAAGAGGAUUUUCUGUGAGGGUACUUGAAAAGCACCUGUUAUAUGCAGUAUGGAGUUGAAGGCUGUUUAGACAGUGUAUGUCAAAGGUAUCUAUGACAACCACAGCUUACCUACGGUAGUAUUAUCAUAAAUCGUUCUAAGGAAUAGGUUCUCCUAUCUGUUUGAGGACGUUCAUUUUGGUAAGGGCUAUGAGGAUUUUUCAGUCGGAAAAACAUUUCACGGGUGGCCCCUAAUCGAACCUAUAUUUUACACUGACCCAAUCCCCCCUCCAUAAAAAUAGACUUUCAGUGGAUAGAAUGUAGCAUAGCCCUCCCCACCCCUCUAUACUCAGAAACCUUCUGCACCAGAAAGUUUUAUUCAACUUUCACACGGCACCAAAGUAUGGCAAAAAACCUAUCCGAUAUGUGACGCUCCACUUUCGAGAUCGGCGUGGCUCAGCUUCGCUCCAGCAAAGAAAUCGCGCCGCCACAAUCGCCCAACUGUUGAUUUCAGAGACGAUUUGCUGCAGGGUAUCGGUAUUAGACAAAUAAUUUUGUCAUAAUGCUCGCCGGACCAGUCUACAUACAUAGGGUUUUAAAAUGAGGAAAAGCAGGCUUAAUAUAAGAUGGGCGGUGCAUAAUUUAUUCAUUUACCACAAAUUUGCUUUUUAUUUUUGUGCUUUUUUUCUUUUAGUUUCUACUCAGUCUUAAUUUGUAUAAAGUUAUGAUAGGUUCUAUGGCCGCGUUACUUUCACCAUGGUUCUAUACCGUCCUAUCUGCAACAUAGCUGAGAAACCGGAAUAUAUUUUCUUUUCACUAACAUCUUAACUUGGGAGCACGCUUCAUCAAAAAUGAUAAUGGACGAAUGUCAAGACACCAAUAAAACUGUUUGCCAAAUUCACGAAGGAACCUCUUUUUGCUUUUAGAGGAAACGCGCAAGGAGAGCGAGAUUGCUUAACAAAUAAUAAUAUAUUGAUAAACUUAUAAGGAAGAUUAUUAGUAAAAAUACAGAGUUCAGAGAGCUGGACUUAAACUGAAGAGACAACAGCUCAGUAAAGGAUGAAAUGAUAUAUUAAACUUUGUUUUCGAGGAAUUUAAACCAAAUGAUUUUGCAUAUAAUUCACCUGUUCAUUUUAAUUCUCUAAAUUUGGGCUAAUUUAUUGCGAAAUAAAUGCAAAAAGUUGAACUCUAACAAACGAAGCAGUGUAUUAAAAAAAUAUAGGACACGGAUAUAAUCGGUAAGUUUUAAGUCCAAGGGCCCAAAAGAAGUUAUGAGUUCUUUACGUGUUUUCUUUUUGUUCUACGAUAGUCAGAGAUACACAUGAUGUGAAGCAAAAUUUUAAAGGGAUAUGGUUUUUGGCGGAUUUCGAGGAUUUUCUAAACGGAUUCAUGACAUGAAAGCCAAAAAAAAUCAAAAUGAAGCGUUACGCCUAGAUAUUUUCUCGUUAACUACGACUACGAAUUUUAAGUUUCAGUCCUGUUAUAUUCUCACAACUAACUCAAAAAGGAUAGGCAGGAUGGUACAGAUGGUGUACUACCUAAAAAGUGAUUAUCAAAAGCACACGGGCUGCGUUUGAAAAGUCAUGCCCGUACUUGUAGUAUCAUGAGCGUAGUCUUAUCUAAAGGUUCGUAUUAAGUAACUUUGGCCCGUUUCAAACGUCGUGCUACUACCGUGCCGAACUCAAUUGAUCGAAUUAAAUUCGAGUUUAGCACGUCAGUAGCUCGACGUUUGAAACCAAGUCGUGCUACUGCCGUGUACAAACGUCGUGCUAUCGCCGUGCCGAACUCAAUUCAUAAAUCAUAAAUACAUUAGAACACAUUUAAAGGCUUGUCAAACCGUUUCUUUAUUUUUCUAUUUUGUUUUCGGCAACAGCCGUUCUAUUCGACUGAAUUAAAUUCGACGUCUGACACCAAGUAGUGCUAUUGUCGUGCUGCAGUCCAGCUACAGUCGAGCCAGCUUAGCACAGCAGUAGCACGACGUUAAAAGGCCUUAAAAGCGUGCAAGCCUCGAAACGUUUCUGGCACGAGGAGUUUCACCACGUUUUUGGUUAAACAUAUGAACAAAUGGCAGGGGGGAUAGCGCCGCCGUAGCUUUGAACUCCAUUUCGACGAUUUUAUGGCAAACGGAAAAUAUGAAUUAAAAUAACAACCUCUACGAAUUGCCAGAUCAGUCGUACCUAAAAUAUGGCCAAGGCUCGUGUCUUAUCCACAACUGUGGAAUCCACGAUUUUGCAAAAAUUUGUACCCGCAAAUCGCAGACAGGUAGUGUGAGCAAUAAACUCCCGCCUAAAUUUCAAGCCACAAGGCACCCCUCAAUUGCUUUUACAGUAUAAGUGACCCUAAACUCGCACAAAUAGACAGACCGAUAGACAGAUUUUAGCUAUCGAUCGUCUAUAUUUACGAAGAAAAAUAUAAAACAAAAGCUUAGUUUUGUCAUUAUUUAGCUCAAAUUUCGGAACAUCGUAAUUCUAUUUGACCUGAUGUAUUACUUGUCAUAGAUAUGGGAGGGUAAAUGCAUAUGCCUCCUUCCCAUUUAGCGAUAUAUCAAUGCAAGAUUAACUUUUUAUUUAUGAAUACUUUGCUUUAGAUGAAAAUAUAGCAGUUUUCUUGGUUUGCUAGGAGUACUCGGUAGGACAUCUGUUAACACCGUUUAUGGGCCAAUUGAAACGUCAUCCUUUUAUUGUUUUCGAAUCUUUUCAUUUUAUUCUUUCUUCUUGUUUUCUCUCUGCGUGACUGCUUCUCGCAUUAACAUGCUGUUUUGUUUGCAGAUUUCCUUUAGAAAAGGGGGAUACUACUGGUAACCAUAACACUUAGUGAGGAUGAAAGAAUGCUGGAAUGUUCGGAGUGAGACUGGUAGAAUUAUUUCUGAAAAGGAAGAAAGAGCCUGGUUUGCAGCAUUUAUCAUCGAGUCUAGUGUCAUCUUUUUGCUGAACGCUUUCACACUCGCCAUCUACACAAGAAAUCGUCACUUACGCAAGCCCAGUACGUACCUGAUUAUAAAUCUGACUGUGGCUGAUUUACUGGUGGGAACAGUGCUUGUACCUUUAUUAUUUUUCGUACCAGAUAAACCGGAGAGGGACCUGGAACUUAAACAGGCUUUCAGCUGCCAAUCAUUCGUGUAUUUUACUUCGGUGUACUUAUUUCCAGUUGCUUCGUUAGCUAAUAUUUCAUUGAUUUCGUUAGAGAGGUUACACGCAACCCUUUUCCCCUUUAGGCAUUGUCUUUUUGGAAGGCGGGUUUACCUCACCACUAUUUUUUGUAGUUGGUUGUUCUCCUUGACUUUGUCAUCUGCGUUUUCUCUUCUUGAUUUGCGCGCAUCGCCGGCUACUUUUCUGUAUGUACGUACAUCUUACAUUUUCCUCUCCCUUCUCAUUCUCAAAGUUUCAUAUGUCAUAAUUAUCUCAACUGUCAAAAAGAAUCCUCCCUCCCCUAAUGCUGGACCAGCGCUUUCAAAAGAAAGGAAACUAACGAUGACCUUAUUUACAGUUACUGCGUUCUCUGUUCUGACCAUUCUUCCUUGGGUUAUUUGGAAUGUUAUCGCCCCUCACAUAUAUAGUAAAUUAUGUCCCGCAGUCUUUUAUCGCAUCUAUUCCUCGUUUAAAGUAAUUUAUUUUUUCAAUUCUAUUGUCAAUCCCCUUAUAUAUGCGAUAAGAAUGCAAGAGUUUAGGAAAGCAGCCAGAAAAUGGUUGUGUUUUAAGACACUAGAACUAGCGCGAGUCCAACCAAUGGAACCUCUUACAUUGCAU